AGCGCAAAGAAGACGACCCUAGGCACAGACACAAUAAUCUCUACCGAAACCCAUCGCCAUCACCGUCGCCAUCACGAACGAUCUCCUUAGCUGGUAUCUCUCUGCGCUCGCGCGACGAACUCACGCCAUGGGGGCGAGCCGAAAGCUUCAGGGAGAGAUCGACCGGGUGCUGAAGAAGGUCCAGGAGGGCGUCGACGUCUUCGACAGCAUCUGGAACAAGGUCUACGAUACGGACAAUGCGAACCAGAAGGAGAAGUUCGAGGCCGAAUUGAAGAAGGAGAUUAAGAAGCUGCAGAGGUACAGGGACCAGAUCAAGACGUGGAUACAGUCCAGCGAAAUCAAGGACAAGAAGGUUAGUGCCUCUUAUGAGCAGGCUCUGGUGGAUGCACGCAAGCUUAUUGAGCGUGAAAUGGAGAGAUUUAAGAUCUGCGAAAAGGAGACUAAAACAAAAGCAUUUUCUAAGGAAGGGCUGGGUCAACAACCAAAAACUGAUCCAAAAGAGAAGGCUAAAUCAGAGACUAGGGACUGGUUGAACACCGUGGUUGGGGAGUUGGAAACCCAGAUUGAUGUCUUUGAAGCUGAGAUUGAGGGGCUAUCUGUUAAGAAAGGAAAGACAAAGCCUCCCAGAUUGACACAUUUAGAGACAUCUAUUGUCCGGCACAAGGCUCAUAUAAUAAAGUUGGAACUGAUUUUGAGACUUUUGGAUAAUGAUGAAUUGAGUCCUGAGCAGGUCAAUGAUGUUAAGGAGUUCUUGGACGAUUAUGUUGAACGUAAUCAGGAAGAUUUUGAGGAAUUCAGUGAUGUUGACGAUCUCUAUAGCACAUUACCAUUAGAUAAGGUUGAAUCUCUUGAAGAAUUGGUAACCAUUGGUCCUCCUGGUCUCAUCAAGGGCACACCCCUAGGCUUAAAGACUUCUCUGAGUGCAAUAGCAUCUCAACCAACGGCCACUGCCACUGCUAGUCAACAACAAGUUACACCAGCCCCGGAACAAGUUGAGGAGGCGAGCUCUAAUGAUGGCAGUUCUGAUGUUCCUACAAAAAUGCCACCUGCCAAAAUUAAUGUAGUGGUCUCUCCAUCAGCAGCAGCUGCCAGUCAUGCCAUACCUGUUGCAUCCAAUAUUCCUUCUCAUAGCAUGGCGGGGGCAUCAACUGUGUCAGCAGGUGUAACUUCUGUUCGAGGUGCUUCCGAAAUUGCAGGCACUCCUAGUUCAUCAACUGGAAGCCUUGCUAGUCCUAUCAAAGAAGAGGAAAAUGGGAGCCAUCCAGCUCGUCGAUCAUCUCCGGCUUUAGCUGAUGCUGGACUUGUUAGAGGAAUAGGAAAGGGUGCUCUAUCCAGCCCAACGUUAUCCAAUCUUCCUCUUUCAAGUAGUUCUGUAUCUAGCAAUGGAGCCCUUGGUGCAGUUCCUUCUGCUUCUGACAUAGCAAAGAGGAAUAUUUUAGGAGUUGAUGAUAGACUCGGUAGCAGUGGCUUGGUGCAGCCUCCAGUAUCCCCAUUUGGUAAUAGACAGGUUUUGCCACAAAGCACGAAGGCUAAUGAUGGAAGUGCCUUGGUUGAUCCUGCUAGUGCUGUUGAUAACACGGCAAUAGCUGGCCGAGUAUUUUCGCCUCCUGUAGUGUCCAAUAUGCCGUGGAGGCCUGGAAGUUCCUUUCCCCAGAAUGAAGCGGUGCAGUUGCGAGGGAGAACUGAAAUAGCACCUGACCAGAGGGAGAAAUUUUUGCAACGGCUCCAACAAGUGCAACAGCAGGGACACAGCAACCUUCUGGGCAUGCCUCCGCUGGCAGGAGGAAACCAUAAGCAGUUCUCUCCACAGCAGCAAAACCCACUCUUGCCACAGUUCAAUGCUCCAACCGCAUCGGUUGCUCCUCAAGGUGGUCUUGGAUUAGGAUUACAGACACCGGGUGUUAAUGGUGUAGUGGCUGCCACUAUUCAACAACCAAGUCCCAUCCAACAGUCUAGUCCACAAGGAACUGGCCUUGCUAAAUUGGAGGAGCAGCAGCAACAGCAGAAUAUGCCCGAUGAUUCAAUUGCCGAGUCUGCUGCUGUUACUGGAAUUGGCAAGAGCACAAAUGAUGAUGAUUUGAAAUCUCCACGCCCAUUAGAUGCUUCUGCUGGAGCAGCUGCUUCUUUCACUGAGCCUUCUCAAGUGCCUAGGGAUACUGACCUAUCUCCUGGACAACCUCUGCUGUCCGCUCAACCUUCUGCAAGCCUUGGUGUCAUUGGGCGGAAGAGUGUUUCUGAUCUUGGUGCUAUAGGAGAUUAUCUCAGUGGAUCAACUAUUAGUACCAAUAGCGGAGGAAUGCAAGAUCAGUUAUACAAUCUCCAGAUGCUUGAGGCUGCAUAUCACAGACUUCCUCAACCGAAGGACUCUGAACGGCUGAGGAGCUAUGUUCCGAGGCACCCUGCUAUCACGCCUCCUAGCUUUCCUCAAGUACAGGCACCAAUUGUCAAUAACCCUCUCUUUUGGGAAAGAUUAGGUCCUGAUACGCUCUUCUUUGCAUUUUACUAUCAGCAGAACACCUAUCAACAAUAUUUAGCUGCAAAAGAGUUGAAAAAGCAAUCGUGGAGAUACCACAAGAAAUACAAUACAUGGUUUCAGCGGCAUGAGGAGCCACAGAUUGCGACUGAUGAAUACGAACAAGGAACUUAUGUCUAUUUUGAUUUCCAUGUUUCAAAUGAUGACCUAAAACAUGGAUGGUGUCAGAGAAUCAAGACCGAGUUCAGAUUCGAGUAUAACUACCUUGAAGAUGAACUGAUGCCAUAAACAGACAUGUAUAAGAUGUUGCCCUACCGCUAAUGCAAUCCAUAGUUAUGGUUUAUUAUCCAAUUCCCUUGGUAAAUAUCCAUUUCGUGACAGCUCUCUUGUAUAAUGCACCUCUUAGUUUUAUAUGCUCUAUGAAUUCCUCUUUCUUUCGAUA